CUGGUAUAUAUCGGGCGCCGUCGACGUCCCGUCGAGGCGAGAGCCCAUGCCUGCCAGUCGGCUGCAAAAGGAACCAGGUUUUUCUUAAGUCUCGAUGGUCAUCAUGGAUGCCACACGGAGGCUACCGGAGAAAGAACAGUCCGAUAUGCCGGUUACCACUUCUUUUGAUACAUCAGAGAUGGCCGACAGAGACUCACGCAUCAUCGAGAUCGCGCCCGUCGCCGAGACCCGAUGGCAAUACCUUCGCCGUUACUUUACUACUUGGGAUGGAUGGGUCGGCAACUAUGACUAUGCAUAUCUUGUGACACCGAAUAUUUGGCCACUGAACAAAAAGUACAAGGAUUAUCAAGCCCCCUUCUACGGAUUGAACGAUGAAGUGCCAAUUCUUCUUACCAUCAUUCUCGGUCUGCAGCAUGCCUUGACUAUGAUUGGAUCGGUCGUAUCACCUCCCCUGGCAAUUGCAAGCGGCGCUUUCUACCUUGACGCAGAGAAAAGCCAGUAUCUCGUGUCUGCAGCUUUCAUCACCACGGGUAUUGCAACUGCUCUCCAAGUGACGCGGGUACAUUUCGCUAAGACACCCUUCUAUAUUGGAACUGGUCUUCUAUCAGUGGUUGCUCCGACUUUCGAUGUCUUAGCUAUCGCAUUCAGUUAUUCCGAUAUGCGCUAUGCAAACGGGACAUGUCCAACAUCAUCGGAUGGAUCCAAGCUACCGUGCCCUGAUGCAUGGGGUGCGAUGCUCGGAACUGUUCUUUGCACUGUCUGGAUUCAGAUUUUACUUUCGUUUGUCCCACCAAAGACUUUGAACCGGAUCUUCCCCAAAGUUGUCACUGGUACACUUCUCCUUCUCGUUGGCGUGUACCUGAUUUCGAGUGGUAUGGAGAACUGGGGUGGUAGCUCGAACUGUGAUGGCGGUAGCGGAUACUAUGCACUUUGCCCAAACAUCGCGGCUCCUAGGCCAUUACCAUGGGGCGAUCCUAAAUUGAUAGGCCUUGGCUUCAGCGUUUUCAUCACGAUUAUCUUUGUCGAGCUGUUUGGAUCUCCGUUGAUGCGUUCUGCGUCAGUUGUCCUUGGCUUGGCUAUGGGUUGCGCUAUCUCCGGUGCCACUGGGUACUGGUCGCGAGAGAAUAUCGAUGCAGCCCCCGUUGCUACCUUCCUCUGGGUUGAGACAUUCAAGUUGUCGGUGGAUGGAGCAUUGGCGUUGCCCCUUCUAAUUUUGUUCAUUUGUGAGGCAGUCAGCUGCAUGCCUGACAUCCUUGCCACUGCGGAGAUCUCGGGAGUCGAUAUUGACGGGAUCGAAUUCAACAGUCGAAUUCAAGGCGGCAUUCUGUGCGACGGUGUGGGCAGUCUGGUGAGUGCCUUGGGUACCGGGUUGCCCAUGGUUAGCCAGGCGGGAAAUAACGGUGUCAUUUCUUUGACAGGGUGUGCGAGCCGAAGAGCAGGCUGGUGCGCUGCAGCGUUUCUAGUCCUCAUGGGCAUCUUCGGUAAAUUCGGCGCAGUCUUCGGCUCGAUGCCUCCAUCCGUCUUAGGAGGAAUGCAAGUCUUUUUAUACAGCACCAUCGUCGUCGCUGGUAUCAAGGUCCUCAGUCUAGUCGAGUUCACUCGACGGAACCGCUUCAUACUUACCGCCGCCCUGGGCAUUGGAUUUAUGGACAUUGUCUCUCCAAGCUGGUUCGCUAAGAUUCUGGCUUAUGAGGGGUCAAAUGUACGACUGCAGGGCUUUGAACAGGGUAUCAAUCUCAUGGUUGAAACUCCUUUCAUCAUCUCCGCGGUUGUGGGGGUCGUUUUGAAUUUCGUUCUUCCUCGCGAUGGCAGCAAAAAGGUGGAGCUACUGGAUGGUCGAGAUGGUCGGCCGGCUCUUCCCAGCUAGCGAAGAGUUAUUCAAAUAACAUG